UCCUCGUCCUCCCUGUAAUUUCUUGUACAUCCAUGCCUAAUAUCUCCACUUGCUACCAACAACGACACGAACAAAUCACCUCGCCAGCGCCCCCAAUGCCGAUUUCCAUCUCGACUGCCGGCCUCGAGCGCGCCGACCGGAGCGGCGCACACCAGCUCUGCCCCGCCUCAGGAUCCGACUUCCUCUCGCCGUCGUCGAGCUCGACGCUCAGCAUCUCCAGCUUCUCCUCCAGCUCGACAUUGAGCGACGGCCCGCUCCCGCUCUCGCCGCUGCCCUCGCCGUCCGCGAAGAAGACGGCCGCGUUCUUCGGCAGCCCCUUCGGCUCGACCGCGUCCUCGCCCCACCUCCCUCCCACCCGCAUCGAUCUCCCACCCCCUCCAUCCUCCUCUGCGUCCGAUACGACACCUGGAGCGCACCAUCCCAACCCCGCCGACGCGACGCCGACGCCCACGGACAGAGAUAAGGACAAACCACGCUCGCUCACCGCCGCCUUCUUCGCCUCGCCAACGAGAUCCGUCCCGCCCUCGAGGGAAAGCUCUCCACCUCGCUUCGCGCUCGAUCCCGCCCCUCCCCCGCGCAGCGCAUACCCACCCCUCCACCGGCUCUUCCCGUCGCGCUACACCCGCCAAGCCCCCGCGCUCGACACCUCUUCUCCCGUCCUCCGAGGCUUCGCCGACCGCGAGGGCGACCGCGACCAUGCAAGCCACCCUCGGGCCGCAGUGACGCCGACGAGCGCCAACGGCCUCUACUUCGACUUCCGCUCGCCCGCGUCCGCGAACGGCGAAGACUUGGAAAGGUUGAGCACGCGAAGGAUCGUCAGCGCGCCGCUGGCGAGGCAGCCGACGCCACUGCCGCGGGAGUCCACGUCGAUAGCGUCCCCCGCGACCCAGGAUCACGCGCAGCUGCCCCCAGCGCCGUUCACCACCUCUCCCACCUCCGCCGAAUUCGUCGCGUCUACCUCCGCCUCCGGCCAUAGCCACGAACCACACGAAAGCGAGCACUACAUCCACCACGAAGAGCACGACCCGGACGCCGACGGGGUCGAGAUCGAGCCCGGCACGGUCAUCUCCGACUUGAAGGGCGAUACGCGGUUGACGCUCGUCUCCGCGCUCGGUCAGGGCGCGUUCAGCACCGUCUGGCUUGCGCGCGGGAAGAUCGUGCCGGGGCCUGACGACCCGCCUCCGGGGACGGGAAGAUCGACGCCUGGCAGCCGGCCGGGAAGCAUCAGGAGGAGUAAGCGGAGACGGGUGGUGGAGGGAACUAAACCGUCCCUGUUGGGCCUGAAUCUUAGGUUGGGCGAGAGGCUGGAAGGGAAGAAGGAAGGGAUGGGGCGGAGGGAGGGGAGGCAGUGUCUUUGUGAGAGGGACGGGGAAGGCGCGAGCGCGAGCGUGAGCGUCGGCGAGUUUGGAGAGCUGGGAGCGGCGGCGGAUGAGGACGAGGACGAGGGGAAGGGCGAGAGGUUGGUCGCGGUCAAGUUGGUGGACAGGACGGCGCCGGACGUGAACGACCGUACGAGGAUAAGCUUCGUGCGAGAGGUCGAGGUGCUCCGCCACAUCUCGCACCCGUCGAUCGUGACGUACCUUCUCUCCUUCUCGACGCCGACGCACUACGUUCUUGGGCUCGAACAUGUCGGCGGCGGCGAGUUAUUUGACGUUGUCGAAUCGGAUGCGAAACACGCCGCGCUCGAUGAGCGGCUGCUCCGACGGAUCUGGGGCGAGCUCUGCAAAGCCGUCGGCUGGAUGCACGGCGUCGGCCUCGUCCAUCGCGACAUCAAGCUCGAGAACAUCCUCCUGACCUGCAACCCGUUCGACUCCGGCGCUCCGGAACUGCCUGCGCCGCUGAUCAAGCUCACCGACUUUGGCCUCGCGCGCUUUAUCGAUCCCGCCGAGCCGACGCUGUCCACGCGCUGCGGCAGCGAGUCGUACGCCGCGCCGGAGCUCGUGCUCGGCAGACGGUAUGACGGACGACGGACGGACGCGUGGGCGUGCGGCGUGGUGUUGUACGCGCUCGCCUGCCGGCGUCUGCCGUUCGAGGGCGAGGACGGGCACGGGCGGGGAAGGGAGGGCGAUGGCGGGGUGAGGAAGGAGGGACGGCGCGCGUUUUUGAUGCGGAUCGCGAGGGGGGAGUACGAGUGGCCCGAGGAGGAGGAGGAGGAGGAGGACGCGGAGCCGGAAUCGCCGACGGCGGAACACGGGCACGAUACCGUCCUUGACGCGGAGGACGAAGUGUUGCGGGGGACGGCGCUCGCGCGGUCGAGCGGCGUAAGGCGCGUGGUGGACCGCCUGCUCGUGCGCGAUCCGGAGAAGCGGGCGAGGAUGGUGGAUCUGUGGGAUGAGGAGUGGAUGAGGGGAGAGGGCGCGCCGGCGCCGCCUGCGGCUUGGCUCGCCGGGGGGAGCGUGAGCAGGCGGGGGAGCGCGAAGAGUGCGGCGUCGAGGGCGAGCAGCGUGCGUUCAUGGUAUCGUGGUACCGGCCCGGUGGAGGGCCUUCCAAACGGCGAUGGGGAUGCAACAUCAGCAGAGAUUGCGGACAUGCUGGAGAAUGAGAGCGGGGAGGGAGAUAGGGAGGAUGUCGUGUCGGCGGAGGAUGGCGUGCUCAUGGACGCCGAGGCGAUCGACAGCGUCGCGCUGCAAGAACUGCAAUGACCGCGCCAUAUUCCUCGCCGCUGCUGCUCUUGCGUGUCCUCGCUGUACACCACACCAUUCAUCUACCGCGCACGAUCAUUCACCACCGCCAUCGUCUAUUUAUGCGGUCUGUCAGUCAUACAUGCACUGGAAAUAUCGAUUCUCGAAAGAUCUUGUAUAGAGUAAAUGCAAAGCGCGACAUGUUGGUUAUAUAUACUAUAGCUGUUGUAGUAGAUUUAGAAAACUUGAGGUCUACGAACGUAAUGACAAAACCUCUUUGCAUCCG